AUGAUGCGCACCCGCGCGACCAUGCUAGGAAGACGUUGGGAGCAGCUCGCAGUGGUCGGUCUCGUUCUGACGUCGCCCGCAGGCGCCCUCACGCGGGGGAGCCCCGACCCGAAGCCCGUGCCGCGCGUUCGCCAGACGCCCAUGCCGGAGGCGCCCAGCUUCUUGGCGCCCGCUGCCGCCGAGGAGGUGCAGUCUCACGUGCGGGCCUGGUUCGACGUGAUCGAGUCGGAGCUGUCGGAGCUGACGACGGUCGACUACUCGAAGCGUGCGGCCUGCGUGCCAGUGACUGGCGCCUACAUCACCCUGGUGGUCCACAUCUCAAAGAGCAGCUACAGACUCCACUGUGGUGAGUUCAGUGGCUCUCGUGGCCCGCCACUGAAGGAGAUCCUGGACGUCAUCGUGCCAGGCCUCCCGGCUGACGUGGACGUGUACGUGCCCUUCGGCCUGCACGACGGCGUGCAGAACGUCCGUUCUGGCAACUUGGGCAUACCGGUCUUCGGCACUAUGUAUCACCCGAUGUAUUCUUCUAUCGCUGUGCCUUUCGCGAUGGGCACGGUCCGGUCUCCUCUGCCAUAUGUCAACACGCCGGUUGUCGGCUGGGACAAAUAUGUGAAAGAGAAUCUAAAAUGUAACAGCACCAGCGCGCGCAUCAAGAAGGCUGUCUUCCGCGGCAGAACGCAGUGGAGGGGGAUGAAGUUCGGGACAUGCACGCAGAGCUGCGGCUGGGAAGACAAUGGCCGGUGGCUCCUUCACAUGCUUGGCGAGUCUCACCUGACAUGUUCGACACUGAAGCCACGAAGAUCAACCACAGACGCAAGAGAAGUAAUGUCAGCGACUUCCUGCCCUUGA